AUGAUAUUUUUCUCACUCCUUCUCUACCUCCUGAGCUUGAGGUUUGGUCUUGCAGCCUAUCCACAUAUCUGGUUUCCAGAUUACUUCGAGACAGAUCCAAAGUUCAAAGCCGACUAUCCGACAUGGAAGGGCGUGGUCGAUCAGGCUUUCCAAGACGCUAUCACUCUGGCGCGAGUGGUAGUACUGACAGGGAAUUCUUGUGACCCGGCUUUCUUGCGAUACUUCCAAAAACAAGAUUACAAUUUUGUACAAGCUUUGUUCCGAAAGAUCGCCAAUAUCCCCGCAUCCAUGAACACCGGUAGUCCAGAAGAGGUGCUUGCUCUCCUGCAAAGUACAAAUCCUGCGGCGUCCUUUGGGCCAGUGUGGGACAAACUGCUCCUUUCGUUCACCGACUACCCCCAGAGUCCGUGGGAUAUUGGUAGCCUUGCCAGUUGUAACAUGCAAGGCGUCAAUGGUUACCUCAACUAUGAUGGCAAAGCACCAAGAGAAGCUAACGAUCCAGCUUGGCCAGAGCUGUUCAAAGGCAUCCCUACGUACAUGCAGGUCAUUGAGGAACACCAAUUCGGGCCGCAAAUCGCCGACUAUAUAAUCCCCGGUCCAUUCCCAGAUCCCUACGGACCGUUCAAUGCUGCCAGCCUUGCAAAGUUUCCCGCAGACAAGAAGACAGGGUACUCGCUAGCAAUUCAGAACGCGGAAAACUAUGUAUGGUAUGCCAAUUCGAAGUAUUGGGCUUGGAAAUGUAAUCGACCGUUUGCGGCCGCCACCACCGAAGCAGACAAUAUGUUCAAUCAAUUUCGAGCAAGAGGUCCUCCGAUGUACGGAACUUGGAACCAACCGCUCCCAGAUAGCUAG